CUUCCUGGCUAUGGAAAGGCACCGGCCGGAGCGCCUCCGUGCCGCCUGGGAGCGGACAGGGAAGCGGCCGUGGGCCCUCUCCGUGCCCAAAGCGGCAGUCGGUAAUUUGCAGAUCGCAGCUCUGCUGUUCUGCUCGGACUUCGGAACUCGGAGUGGAGUCCUCUCCCCUCAUGGGCUCAUUAACUCGAAACGAAAUGGAGCACGAACGCGGUCUGUGUCCAUCUCGUGCGAACAGCACUUCCCCCAACAUGUUUAUUUCCACAUUAAGAGAUGGAGCUGAACACAGACCGUGAAACAAGACCUGAGUUAAGAAGCACUUGAAACAGAAAUGCCACAUAGAUUGUUUUCCAAUUACUGCAGUGCCUUGGAGGAAAGAUGCAGCAUAUGCAGCUGUUGUUCCCAUCUGAGUUACUGCGGCAGAGAAUUAAAUGAAAUGUAACUGAACUUGUCUCCUAAGGUAUUGCUGAAAUCCUAAUGAACCGACCCCAUGCAAGAAAUUCUUUGGGAAAAGUAUUUGUAGAUGAACUUUUCAGCGCUCUGGAACAGCUCCGCUUUGAUGAGAAAGUUCGUGUGGUGGUGUUCAAGAGCAAAGUGAAGGGUGUGUUUUGUGCUGGUGCAGACUUAAAGGAGCGUGAAAAGAUGGAUGAUGCAGAAGUUGGACACUUUGUUAAAAGGCUGAGAAAUCUCAUGGAUGAAAUUGCUGCCCUGCCUGUACCCACAAUUGCUGCAAUAGAUGGCUACGCACUGGGCGGUGGACUAGAACUGGCGUUGGCUUGUGACCUUCGAGUUGCAGCUUCAUCAGCUAAAAUGGGUCUUAUAGAGACCACAAGAGGGCUUCUCCCAGGAGCAGGUGGAACCCAGCGCCUGCCCAGAUGUGUUGGAGUAGGUCUUGCAAAGGAACUAAUUUUCACGGGGAGACAGAUAGAUGGACAAGAAGCCUUCUCAAUGGGAUUAGUAAAUCACACCGUGCCCCAAAAUGAGGAGGGAGAUGCAGCUUACCAGAGAGCAUUAACUUUGGCUAAAGAAAUCCUUCCUCAGGCUCCAAUUGCUGUGAAAAUGGGAAAACUGGCAAUAAACAGAGGAAUAGAGGUUGAUAUUGCAUCAGGGAUGGCGAUUGAGGGGAUGUGUUACGCACAGAAUAUUCCCACAAGAGACCGUCAGGAGGGAAUGGCUGCCUUCAGGGAAAAACGACCACCUCAGUUUAUUGGCAAAUAAUGUUUCCCCUUGUCUGAGUGGUUCUGUUUGGUUGGUUGGCUUUUUUAAAUGGUAAAGUAAGAGUGAGGAGGACCUGCUAAUUUGUUGGGAUUAUUUUUGUGACUGCACUCCCCCUUGCCUUGGACUACAUUUCUGAAUACUCACUGGAUCAUUUUUCUCUAAGGACUCACCAAUAAAGAUUUAACUUUGUACAGCCAA